UACCAGAGUGUGACGAGCAACACAAGAAAGUGGGACGAGCAGCACAAGAGAGAGCGACGAGCAACACAAGAGAGAGCGACGAGCAACACAAGAGAGAGCGACGAGCAACACAAGAGAGUGGGACGAGCAACACAAGAGAGAGCGACGAGCAACACAAGAGAGUGGGACGAGCAACACAAGAGAGUAGGACGAGCAACACAAGAGAGAGCGACGAGCAACACAAGAGAGUGCGACGAGCAACACAAGAGAGAGCGACGAGCAACACAAGAGAGAGCGACGAGCAACACAAGAGAGUGCGACGAGCAACACAAGAGAGAGCGACGAGCAACACAAGAGAGAGCGACGAGCAACACAAGAGAGAGCGACGAGCAACACAAGAGAGUGGGACGAGCAACACAAGAGAGUGGGACGAGCAACACAAGAGAGAGCGAAGAGCAGCACAAGAGAGAGCGACGAGCAACACAAGAAAGUGGGACGAGCAACACAAGAGAGAGCGAAGAGCAGCACAAGAGAGAGGGACGAGCAACACAAGAGAGAGCGACGAGCAACACAAGAGAGAGCGAAGAGCAGCACAAGAGAGUUGGACGAGCAACACAAGAGAGAGCGACGAGCAACACAAGAGAGAGCGAAGAGCAGCACAAGAGAGUGGGACGAGCAACACAAGAGAGAGCGACGAGCAACACAAGAGAUAGCGACGAGCAACACAAGAGAGAGCGACGAGCAACACAAGAGAGAGCGACGAGCAACACAAGAGAGUGGGACGAGCAGCACAAGAGAGUAGGACGAGCAGCACAAGAGAGUGGGACGAGCAACACAAGAGAGAGCGAAGAGCAGCACAAGAGAGAGCGACGAGCAACACAAGAGAGAGCGACGAGCAACACAAGAGAGUGGGACGAGCAGCCCAAGAGAGUGGGACGAGCAACACAAGAGAGAGCGACGAGCAGCACAAGAGAGUAG